ACAAAUAACCAUAAAAGCGACAAAGGUACAACCUCGUACGCUAAGCAGGGGCGCGUGCGAAUCACCCUCCAACUAUCUGCUCCUUCAAUCGCGGCCCCCACGUGGCACGUCGGUUCCUCGAACGAACGCGCCCGAGUCACGCGUGGAGAAUCUGGGAUUGAACACGCUUUCGCGAGGGAAGGUUUGCCCUAAUCGUCUGCGAGCGAGAACUUGCCCUCUUAUCCUGAGAACCUCCCGCAAUUGCCCUUCUCCGAUAAAUCCAUAUAUCAACCAUGCCCCUACUGCUCCUCCUCCUGAUUUUCCUCCAACUCGGGUCUUCAAUCGGUUGACUCGUCCCUGCACGCCCGCAGAUCCACGAUCGCCUCCCUGAUUCGACUCAGUAACUCGGUUUGAAGGUUAAGGAUGGAGCCGAUGGACAUCGUUGGGAAGUCCAAGGAAGACGCUUCGCUUCCAAAAGCAACUAUGACCAAAAUCAUCAAGGAGAUGUUGCCCCCAGAUGUACGUGUUGCAAGAGAUGCUCAAGAUCUUUUAAUUGAGUGUUGUGUAGAAUUUAUAAACCUUGUCUCAUCAGAGUCUAAUGACGUUUGUAGCAGAGAGGAGAAAAGAACAAUUGCGCCUGAGCAUGUACUUAAGGCUUUAGAGGUUCUGGGGUUUGGUGAGUACAUUGAGGAUGUCUAUGCAGCUUACGAACAACACAAGCUUGAGACCAUGGACUCUCUAAAAGGUGGCAAGUGGAGCAAUGGAGCUGAGAUGACCGAGGAAGAAGCAUUAGCUGAGCAACAGAGAAUGUUUGCAGAGGCUCGCGCGAGAAUGAACGGCGGGGUGGCUCCACCGAAGCAACCUGAUCCUGACCAAACUAUAGAGAGCUAACUACUGUAGGACCUUUUAUUUUGUAGGCAUAGGCAAGCGUCCUUGACUCUCUUCCUUCCUUCCAUCCAUCCAUCCAUCAGGGCUUCUUCUAAUAUUCUCUUAUGUUAUUUGUACAAAAAGCAUUGACAAGUUUGCUGGCCUAUGUGGAUAUGCGUACUUCAAUUUGUAUUCUAUCUAUGGGACCCCAUGUCUAUAAGUUGAUGUAAUUAGUGGUAACAGACACUGUUUGUCCAAUUCAUUCCCCUCUCUUCGGAACUAUUAUGUAAUUAUUUUGCUUUUAUGUAAAUCCUUGGAAGGGGUUGCUUA